CAAUCGGGGCCAAAUAAGUUUAGGUUUGUAUGCAUCCAACGGCUAUGAUUCAAGUUUCGUCUUUCUUCUACAUUAUCCGAUAGCAGGUAAUUCUGUGAACUGAGGUUGAAUCUUGGAUCGGAAAAAUGAGCUUGUCCCUGCUGCAAAGCUACUCCUCGGCUGAGGAGGAGGAAGGAGGAAACGGAGAACUAGGAGACCCACAAUAUCAAAACUCCUCGGACGAUGAAGAGAACUGCGCCGUUUUAAAGAACCCUUCGUACAAACCCUUGUUCGAUCCAAAUCCACCCCCCUCUUCUACCCUCCCAUCUGCUUUUGAUGCAUUCUCUGAAGUUGUAGGGCCUCCUAGGUUUCUGAACAAUCAUGUCCAGGAAGAAGCGGCGAAAGGGGAGGACGAUGGGCGGCGUUGGCGGCAUGGUGUCCGGAGAAACCGUAGAGAUAAAAAAGAUUUACCUGCCGGGGCUGUAGUGGAGUCUAAAGCUCAUUUAGUAGGAAUCCACGAGAGAGUGAGAAGCGAUGCUGGAAGCAACAUUCCCCAGAGUCAAAAUAAUGGUUCUGUGGGAAAUUCACAAGGUGUAAAGCGCGUGGCAACUGCUGGCGACCCAAAUUUAGAAGAUGCGGCAGAACUACUCAGGAUGUGUGUGAGGUGUGGAAUACCGAAAACAUACUCUCAUACAAGAGGAAUAGUCUGCCCUGUAUGUGGUGAUCGCCCUCCCACAGACACAGAAGAGCCUGUCAAGAAAAAGGAAUCAACUAUUAAGGAUAAGGAAAAGAGUAAGAGGAUGAAGGGUCAAUCCUCACACGCUACUUGGAAAAGUGAGACAGAAAUGCAACUCCGACAACAGUUCGACUAGAAGAGGAAUCUAGGGGGCUGCUACUAUGGCACGACAAUUAUGUAAAAUUGCUUCAUCAAGAAACAUGAGAUCAUCCUUCAUACUAUUUGCUGCUGCUUGUUCGUGUUCGUUUUUUAUCCAACUUAUGUAUGGCAUCUUUAACACCAGCAUAUAUGUGGGAGUUUGGUUUAGAAAUUGGAUAAUAUUUAGGGCUUAAUUUGAACGGAAUUGUUUCCUGCCCCGUCCAUAGUGGGUAAGAUAUAACUUUCUACUUGCUGAUAUGGCAGAAGAAUCUUACUUAUGAUUUUAUCGAAAUGUGAGAGCCGUAAGUACUAUUCUUUCCAAGUAAGCAAUAUAAGACUUCUCACUGUGAGCAGAACAUAUUUAUUAAUUUGAAUUUGGAUGGUUA